CUUGCAUCUCGGAGCGGGUAAAAAGCGGGCGGCCGCAGAAGGGGCCCGCGGGGCGCCAGUCAACAAGAGGAAAUCGCUCCUGAUGAAGCCCCGCCACUACAGUCCCAGUCCCUGCCCCAGCGAGGGGGACGGCGAGGAAGACCUGGCAAGCGCUCAGGACAAAGACGUGCCCAGGAACACUGACACUCCAGCAGAUGAGGACCUCAAUGGUGGUGAUGUUUUGGAAGACAUUAUCUAUCACAACGCAAAGUCUCACCACUUGUUGUCAUGGUCAGAACGAACGAGUGAAGGUUCGCCAGACCUGGCGGCUCAGAUAUCCGAACACCAGAAUGAGCAAGAGGAGGAGGAGGAACACAACCAGGACUUUGAAGACAAAAACCAAGAAGAGAUCAGAGCCAGUUAUCACCUGUCUCCAGACACAGAGGCAGAUGAAGAAGAAUGGAGCGCUCCUCCGUCCCUAACGAAGGUCAACGGGAUCCAUCACAGCCCCAGUCCACCUGCAGACGAUGCUCUUAUGAAGAGACUCCGGAUUGGACAGCAGCUGCACGAAGACGCUCUUUCUGCUUACAUGAACAGAAACAGUGCAGGGACCUUUACGGAGGAGUAUGGCUCUGCAAGAGAGUUCAGCGACAGUGAGGAGGAGCUCCAGACGCCCAGGAUGGAGGAGCGAGGAGGUGUUUGGGGUCCAGGUCUGGUGGCCAGACGUCUGGAGCUGGACAGGGCCCGCCUGAACCUCAGUCUUCUAGAGCAGGCCAUGGUGCUGCAGUCUGAACAUAGACAGGUCCUCCACAGUGCCUACAAAGACAUGGACCGCUUCUUCCUGGAGCAGAUGAACCACGAACGGAGACAGCAGAGGAUGCUGGAGAUAGACGCUCGAGCCAUGUACCACAGCAGCAAAGAUUCCCCCCGGACAGAAAAGAAAGACAUCAAAUGUCCGACCCCGGGCUGUGAUGGGAUGGGUCAUGUGACAGGCCUCUACCCUCAUCACCGGAGUCUAUCAGGAUGUCCCCACAAAGUCAGAGUGCCCCCAGAGAUCCUUGCCAUGCACGAAAACGUCCUCAAGUGUCCGACCCCUGGCUGUACAGGAAGAGGUCAUGUCAACAGUAACCGUAGCACACAUAGAAGUCUCUCAGGCUGCCCGAUAGCUGCUGCAGAGAAGAUCUCCAAACCGCAGGAGGAUCCUGCAAAUUGCAGACAGGCGGCAGAGAGGAUGACGAGACCUUUAGGAAACAUGAAGAAAUUUGACUUCACGUACAGAUUUGCACAUCCUAUGGCAGCGUUGCAGGCCAGCAUGGCCAAAGACAUGGACAAGUACACUAAAGGCCAUUUCGACUACGCCAGUUUUGACGCCCAGGUCUUUGGCAAGCAGGCUCAGAUGGCAUCCGACCAGAGUCACGAAUCUUCACACUUUCCUGACUCCGCUCAGUUCCCCUGUUUUCUGGGUUCUGGUGGUCGUAUGAUCAUGGCCGGAGACAACAGCCCCAGUCGCCAUAAAGCUCAAAGCAACGCCCUCCAGUCCAGCAUCGCAUCCGCAGCCAUCCUCAACCUCUCCACCCGUUGCCGAGACAACGGCGAGGCCCUGCCCCCCAGCCGGCCCCUGGCAUCAUCCACAAAGGACUCGCUGAUAGAGGUAGACGAGAAUGGAACGCUGGAUUUAAGUAUGAAGAAAAAGAGAGAAAAGGCGAGGGACUGUCCCGUGAUGCCGGCGUUAGGAGACGCUCUUUUCAUCCCACCUGAAACUUCUCUAGCCAAAGCAGCGGGUCUCCAGAUCUCCCCGGCCAUCUACCGUGUCCUCUACGAACAGGACGCCUGGGACACGCCGCUGAACUACAGCAAAACACCUGCACAGCAAGACAAAGAGAUGGAUCAGCUGGAGAAGGUGUCUCUCGAGGAUAAAGCGUACAAUGGAGAUGCAAGCAUGGCAAAAAACAAGAUGCUCAUAAGAGACAACAAGAAAGAGCUGAUGAGUUGUCCGACACCAGGUUGUGAUGGUAGUGGUCAUGUGACAGGAAAUUAUGCGUCACAUAGAAGUGUAUCUGGUUGCCCAUUGGCUGACAAGACCCUGAAAUCACUAAUGGCUGCUAAUUCGCAAGAGCUCAGGUGUCCAACUCCUGGCUGUGACGGUUCAGGUCAUGUGACAGGAAACUACGCAUCUCAUAGGAGUCUGUCAGGGUGCCCUCGUGCCAGGAAAGGAAGCUUGAAGCUCACGCCAAGCAAAGAGGACAAAGAAGAGCCAGAGAUGAAGUGCCCGGUGGCAGGCUGUGACGGUCAGGGCCACGUGUCGGGUAAAUACACGUCUCAUCGCAGCGCAGGAAGUUGCCCGAUCGCCACCAAGCUGCAGAAGGAGAGCUCUGUGAACGGAUCCGCCUUCUCCUGGAAGCUCUGUAAACAGGAGCUUCCGCACUGCCCUCUGCCCGGCUGCAACGGCUUGGGUCAUGCCAACAACGUCUUUGUCACACACAGGAGUUUGUCAGGAUGUCCACUAAACGCCCAGAGUAUCAAGAAGAAACUCUCUGAUGAAGAGAUGAUGACCAUCAAACUCAAAACCAGCAGCGGUAUCGAAAACAGUGAAGACAUGCAGCACUUGGAUCACGAAAUAAAGGAGCUAAAUGAAUCCAAUCUGAAGAUAGAAGCAGACAUGAUGCAGCUCCAGACUCAGAUUUCAUCUAUGGAGUGCAACCUGAAGACUAUCGAGGAGGAGAAUAAAAUAAUCGAGCAGCACAACGACAGUCUGUUGAAGGAGUUAGCGCAUCUCAGUCAAGCACUUAUCAACAGUCUCACAGAUAUCCAGCUGCCGCAGAUGGGUCCAAUAAACGAACAGAACUUCGAAGCCUACGUGAACACGUUGACGGAUAUGUACAACAAUUCAGAGCAGGAGUAUUCACCCGAAUGUAAAGCCUUACUGGACAGCAUCAGACAGGCCAUCAAGGGCAUUAACGUAUAAGGCCAAACUCUCGUUCACAACCCUUUGAUUGUCCGCAGAGGGCUGGCUUUGUCAUCUGUGCAAGAUAUGUCUCGUUUAA